UUUAUUUGUUUAGUCCAGUGGACAAUAUGUAGUUUUAUUUUCACAGCAGAUUUAAUGUACUGGAACAGUUACUUUAAACUGUAUAUUGUAGCUGUUAACAUGAUCCACAACAUUAAAGAUCUUCAUGGGGAUCAAAGUACCUGCAGCACUGGGGUCACCUUUUUUUUACCUGAUUUUUUUUUUUUUUUUUUUACUUUUUCGCAGGGACAUUUUUGGAUAAGUACUUACAUUUUUGAAAGUAAUGGUACUUCAACACUCCACCCGACUCUGGGUACUCCAUGGUAAAUGAAGUAUUUUGGGAUUAUGCUGAUAUGUAGGGUCAGCGUGACAUGCUAGGUUCACAAGAGGAAUGGAGUAUGUCCCCCGCAGAGACCUCUAGACCUCUGGUAAAAGUAAAGGUCAAGUUAAAGGUAAAGGUGGUGAUCACAUCCAGUGUUUUACUGUACCUCCUGUGUUAUUAUGUGGCCAGACAGGUCAGGUGUGACGUCACAGAGUUAAGUGUCAAUUAUUUUUCCUCCUUUAACCGACUCCUUGGCUCUGUGGGCUCACACAGGUGACGCGGUUCACGCACAGAGCGUUUUCAUCAUCGCUCCACAAUCUGACGAAGGAUGUCGGACUCCACAUCACCUGUCGCUUCAGCGCAGGAUCCUUAUCUGCGGCCCUCGUGGACCCGAGCAAAGUGCAUCUGGAAAAAGACACGAGACACAUCUCACAGACGGGAGCGCUCCGAGGGAUCGAGGGACGGGGGGGACACCCGAGAGAAGGAGAAGUGGCGCUCAUCGCAGCGAGACAGAGUGGCGGGAUGGACAAAUGGAGGGAGUUUGUGGAAAAAGUCAGUGUUCUGCAGCUGGUGCUGACCUUCCUCUUCAUGGGUGUGUCCUUCACACUGCUCAUUGUCUACCUGCUCUUCACCUCUCUCUGGCUGCUUCCGGCUCUUUACCUCACCUGGAUGGCAGCGGACUGGGACACCCCCGAGCGAGGGGGGCGCCGAUCUGAAUGGAUGAGGAGCUGGCCUGUGUGGAGGCACUUCAAGAACUACUUCCCUGUGAAGCUGGUGAAGACCGCAGAGCUAAGCCCCAACAAGAACUACAUUCUGGGCUCUCACCCCCAUGGGAUCAUGUGUAUGGGAGCCAUCUCCUGCUUCAGCACCACCUACGGCGGCUUCUCGCAGGCGUUCCCCGGCAUGCGUGUCACCCUAGCCAUCCUGGCGGGACUCUUCCGUCUGCCCAUCUUCCGGGACUACCUGAUGAGCGCAGGAAUGUGUCCCGUCAGCAAGCCCAGCCUGGAGUACUUGCUCUCCAGGAAUGGCAAGGGCAAUGCGGUGGUCAUUGUGACAGGGGGUGCUGCUGAGUCGCUGUCCUCCGCUCCGGGUGUCAACACAGUGGUCAUGAGACAGAGGAAGGGCUUUGUGCGGCUGGCCUUGGAGUACGGCGCCGACCUGGUGCCCGUCUACUCCUUCGGGGAGAAUGAGCUCUUCCAGCAGGUGGUCUUCUCUGAAGGAAGUAUGACACGUGGCCUCCAGAUCGCCUUCAAGAAGAUCAUGGGCUUCGCUCCCUGCCUCUUCAUGGGCCAGAGCUGGGGGCUGCUGCCGUACAAGACUCCCGUUACCACUGUGGUGGGGAGCCCCAUCGCAGUGCCCCGGAUGGCCUACCCGUCGGAGGAAACCGUGGACCACUACCACUCCCUCUACAUGGAGGCUUUAACCAAGCUCUUCCAUGAUCACAAGGUCAGCUGCGGCCUGUCCGAGUCCCACGACCUGCAUAUCAUCUAGUCCCCUAUGCCAGCCCCUGCCGGAUACAAGACAGCUACAUCGGACACAGGUCCAGCGUUUGAUUGCUUCGUCCCGCCCGAGGGAUGAGGCUCUGAUGAUGUGGCUCGGCAAAUUGAACACUUCUCCCCGUCCGGCAGCUGUGUGUGAGAUGAUGUGAGCCUGUGCUCUGGAGUGGAGAGCGACUGUUCCCCAACGCUUGGACUGCGGUGACACGGACAACUGCGCACCAGUUCUUCACACACUUAUUUAAACUUUAAACACUACCUUGAAAAUUUUCCCACAUUCAGCGUAAACACGCAAUGAGAAGAUAUUUUCUACAUUCACGUUCGUUGUUCUGUGUAGCUACAUUA